AUGGCCGCUACCCCAACCAUGCAAAUCGUCUCCAUCUCCGGGCAAACGCAGACCACCCGCAGCAUUCCCCUCGCCAAAAUGGUGCGCCUCUCUAAUCUGGCUCGCCACAUCGUCCAAGUCACCACACCCGGCCGCAUACCGACCAUGAUCCUGCGCCAGACGGAAGUUGACCUCGUCGCCGCUGAGCGCAUCCUGGACUGGAUCGAUGCGUACGAUGUCGAAGCUCCCGUGGCUGAGCAGCACUUGGAGCUUAUGCACCUUGGGACCGACGACUUCAAUGAGUUGGUGGCGAUGUAUGCCGCUUGCAACUUCUUCCGUGUGCCGAGAGACCUUCGUGGAGAUGCGUUGAGGGACAACAUCUGGCACUACAUCAAGCGCGUCGGCCGCCUCUCCGCGAACGAAUUCAUCAUGCUGUACGAACUCCUCCCUUUCGACUUCUCCAUUCAGAAGGCAAUCAUCAACGAUUUCUUCUGGGCGAGAGUGCGUGGUGCGACGUAUACCAAGUAUCGCAGCCCUGCCGACCAGGACGCCGAGAUCGAGGCGUAUCUGAAGGAUGUGGGUGUCUGGGAGGAGGUCAAGGUCAUUGAGGAGGAGCAGAAGGUGCAUUGGGCUAAUUCGCUGGAGAGGCAGGCGAAGCAGAGAGCUUGGGUUGUGGCGGAGAACAAGGCUUGGGCAGAUGAUCGGACUGAAGUGAACGUGCAGCACCACCUCAGCGGCGAGCAGCGCAAUGGGACUGGUGUCGAUCUCGAUAGGUCCGUAGCCGCAGGCAAACGUGGCAUGGUAAUUGCGGGUGGAGGGCACGGUGGCGGCGGCGGCGACCUCAAUGGAUGGGUCGACUCUCAGCUUGAGGGGGCUGGUGGGAAUGUUGGUGCAGGAAACGGUGGUCAGAUUGAAGGUGGCGAGUUUCGUGGUAGUGGUGGAGGAGACCUCAGCGGGUGGGUGGAUCUGCAGCUCGAAGGCAAGGGCGGCUAG